UAUAAUUUGUAUAUCUAUUGUUUACCUUUCAUGGGUUUCUUUUUGGGGUCAUGAUUAGGUUUUCUCUUUAUUUUAUCUGCUUUAGGAGGUCCAUAAGGAUCAGAAAAGGACAACAAAUUUUCAUAACUCUAGGAAAUUGGAUAGAUAAAUAGAAAACACUCCACAUGCACAUUUCUUGUUUGAUUCAGUGUUCAAUCCUUCUUCUUGUCUCCCUUGUGAUAAUUUCUUUGGAAAGCUGAUGUGCUUUUAGUCUUAUUUAUCGUCUUUGAUCUAUAGCCCAUGCUUCUAUCUAGAGGGUUUGUUACCUCUUUCUCUGUGCUUAUCUCCACCUCUUGUUGAAGGAUUUUGAUGGGUGAAUCUAUGGUGGAAGCACAAAAUAUGGAAAAUAAGAUGGGAGAAUCAGUUAGCUCUCUGGGAGUAUCUGUUUCGUUUGGCAAGUAUGAGAAUGACGCACUUUCUUGGGAGAAAUGGUCUACUUUUUCGCCAAAUAAGUACUUGGAGGAAGUCGGGAAGUGCUCUACGCCCGGUUCUGUAGCUCAAAAGAAGGCCUUUUUUGAAGCCCAUUACAAGAAAAUUGCAGCUAUGAAAGCGGAGGCCGAGUUACUGGAUCAAGAAAAAGCAGCAGAAACUGAUCCUUCAAGAUCAGAUGAUCAUACUGAAUACAGUUUUGGGGAAAUUAAGGAAGAACUUGAAGAUGGUACUGAAAGUAAGACCCAUGUUUAUGAGGAAGAAGAAGUGCAAUCUGAUACUUUAGCAAUGGAGGGAUCUGGAAAAGGUCAAGAAGAGAAACCAGAUAGCAAUCAGUCUCAUUGCGCAGAAGAAGCUACUUCAGUUAAAGAUGAAAGCUUUCGAAAUGGAUCUGGAAAAGGUCUAGAAAAGAAACUAGAUAGCAAUCAGUCUCAUUGCCCAGAAGAAGUUAAUUCAGUUAAAGAUGAAAGCUUUCGAGAUGGAUCUGGAAAACGUCAAGCAGAGAAACCAGAUAGCGAUCAGUCUCAAACUACUUCAGUUAAUAAUGAAAGCUUUGUAGAUGGAUCUAUGCAAAUGGGCAAUGCCUUAGAAUUUCAGCAUUUGUUAUCAUCUCAAUCCCCAAUAGCAUUAUACAGCAAUGCCGAUAAGCUAGCAGAAGCCACUUCGGUCAAUGAGGAGAGUAUGAAAUUGGUAAAACAGCAUUUCCAUGUGGAUUCUGAAAUUGAAGAAGUUCAACAAAGCAAGCAAGAGACACCAAUGCCAAAAGCUCAAAACUUGGCAGGAAAUGAGAGUAUGAAAUUGGUAAAACAGCAUUUCCGUGUGGAUUCUGAAAUUGAAGAAAUUCAAGAAAGUGAGCAUGAGAUUCCAAAACCGAAAGCUCAAAACUUGGCAGGAAAGGUAAAUCCAGCUAAAGUGGAAAAGAAUUUUGUUGGGACAAAGAAGAAACCAUCUUCACCUAUACCUAAACCCCCGGGAACAUCUGUCACUAAAUUAUCAAAACCAAAAGCAACUCCUACGCCCAUGCCUGCUGCUAGGUCCUCAUCAAAGAAGGCUAAUGCCCCAUCAUCAUCAAAGAGCAAGACUCCUUCGGUAUCGGAAGGCAUACGAGUUGCUCCAAAGUCUCUCCAUUUAUCUAUGAGUAUGAGUUCUGUAAAUUCUGAUACGGCUUCUUCUGUUACUUCAUCAAGAAGACGAUCUCUAUUCAUGGAGCAAAUGGGAGACAAAGACAUUGUUAAACGAGCUUUUAAGACAUUUCAAAACAGAGUGAACCAAUUACCGUCUUCUGAUGGAAGAUCUAGUGGGCCCAAACAGAUACGAACAACUGGAUUAGAGCAAAAGGCUUCAACUUCCAUGACUUCCCAGAAAGAAAAUGAACGAUCAAGGAAGGCAGCAGAAAAAAUGAAUCCUGCAAGAGGUAGACUAGGACCAACAUGGAAAUCUGUAUCAUCUGGGUCACUCAAAGGAGUCAAUGUGGAUGAAAGACGGCAAAAGGUGGCACCAUCUUCCGUAGAUUUGAGAAGUAACGAAAGAGCCGAAAGACGAAAAGAGUUCUUCAAGAACUUGGAGGAAAAAUCAAAUGCUAGAGAGGCAGAAAGAACUCAACUUGGUUCAAAAUCAAAGGAGUUAAAAGAUGCUGAGAUGAAAAAGCUUAGGCAGAACCUAAAUUUCAAAGCAAAACCAAUGCCGAGUUUUUAUCGGGCACAAGGGGUAUCAAAAAGCACUUCAGAAAAGUUCUGCUAAAUCUUAUACAACAGGAGGCCAUAAAAAACGGAACCCAAAGGCGACCGGACUCACACAGGUGAACGUUUCUGGCUACGGUUCAAGACGAUAAGCGGGAACUUCUGAAGAUCACAAAAUCAGAAGAUGCAUCAGAAAAGUAGGCAAAGUGAAGAAGAAAGAUGGUAAAAGAAAGAUUUUUACUGUUGGUGAAUUUGAGUUAGGGUUGUUUAGGUAAAUUUGUAUUUUCAUUUGAUGAACUUAUCAAGUUCUUGAGAUGAAUUUAUCCUGAGGGUGUUUCUAGAAGAAAAAAAAUAGGAUCCACCAAGUAUAUUAUGUGUAAUCCCACUUUUUUGUACAUUGUUAGCUUCAGUUUGUAGUUUAAGAGACAUCAUACAAUAAACAUUAUUCAUAUCCUCCU